AUGGUCCCCAAUGAAGAAGCCCAGUACCCAGGGAUUGUCAAGCUGCUCCUGCACUUCAGAUGGACAUUUGUUGGUCUCCUUGCUCCAGACACUGACAACGGAGAGAGGUUCGUGAAGACCUUGACGCCUCUGCUCCUCAGGAGUGGUGUUUGUGUUGCCUUCUCACAUAGCAUCCCAGUACUGGAUUCAGAAGACAUGACAAUCAAUCAUUUUCCAUAUGACAAGUGGCAACAAGUCCAUGUAUUUGUUUACUACGCAGAGCCUAUUUAUAUUGCAGUAGGAAUAUUCCUUAUACAAACAAUAUGCGACAAGGUUUUAAAGCCCAUUGAAGGGACAGUUUGGGUCACAACAGCUCUGUGGGACCUUUCCUUGGAUUUAAUGUACAGUGGCAUAACUUUCCGACACGUCCAUGGGAUUUUUUCCUUCUUUAUUGAGACAAAUAAAAUGCUGAACUAUGAUGAUUUUGUACCCUUUUUUUUUGCUAUCAAAGAGUUUGCAGAGAAAGCUUUUACUUGUUUAUAUUCAAAGCAUGCAUUGUCUGUGAAAGGCUGGACAAGAUGCAGAGAGAGAGUGGACCUGGAGAUGCUGCCCCAAGGAGAUCUAGAAUGGAUCCACUCUCUACUAGACAGUUACAUGAUUUACUGCACUGUCCAAGCUGUGGCCCGUGCUUUAGAUGCUGCAUAUUCAUCUAGAUCUAAGAGGAGGGUGAUUGACAGGCUGGAAUUUCAAAGGCUAAAGCCAUGGCAGACUUUGCCUUCUUCCAGAUGUGUGGAAAGCUGCCAGCCUGGAUUCGUUACGGUGCUUCAGGAAGGAAAGCCACUUUGCUGCUAUGACUGCAUUCUCUGCGCAGAAGGGACCAUCUCCACUCAGGAAGAUGCAAAGCAUUGCACCAAAUGUCCAGAAGAUCAGCAUCCCAACAAGGACAGAGAUCAAUGUAUCCCCAAGAUUACCACCUUCUUGCACUAUGAAGACUCUUUGGGGAUCCUCCUGGUUUCCUUGGCUCUCUUCUUCUCCUUAACCACAGGCAUUGUUUUAAGAAUCUUCAUUAAAUACAUGGAAACUCCAAUAGUCAAAGCCAACAACCGAGACCUCUCCUUCACCCUCCUCAUCUCCCUCCUGCUCUCCUUUUUGUCCUCCUUCCUGCUCAUCGGCCGGCCAAGGGAAGCAACGUGCCUUCUCCGACAAACGGCCUUCAGCAUCAUCUUCUCCGUUGCUGUCUCUUCUGUGUUGGCAAAAACCAUCACUGUGGUGCUGGCCUUCCUGGCCACAAAGCCAGGGAACAGGGUGAGGAGAUGGCUGGGGAAGAAUCUGGCUAACUCUAUUGUCAUUUCCUGCUCCAGUGUCCAGGUUGUCAUCUGCACCAUCUGGUUGGGGAUCUCUCCCCCAUUUCCAGAUUCUGAUAUGCACUCCCAACCUGAAGAGAUCAUCCUGCAAUGCAAUGAAGGGUCCGUUGCCAUGUUUUAUGCUGCCCUUGGCUUCAUGGGCUUCCUGGCUGCCAUCUGCUUUACGGUGGCUUUCCUUGCCAGGAAGCUGCCUGGGCCCUUCAAUGAAGCCAAGCUGAUCACCUUCAGCAUGCUGGUCUUCUGCAGUGUUUGGGUCUCCUUUGUGCCUACCUACCUGAGCACGAAGGGGAAAUACAUGGUAGCUGUGCAGGUCUUCUCUAUCUUGACUUCCAGUGCUGGGCUUCUGGGCUGCAUUUUCAUCCCAAAAUGCCACAUUAUUAUAUUCAGGCCUGAUCUGAAUACAAAGGAGCACCUGACAACAAAAAAGUAAAUAUGACAUUUGAUAAAAAUAUUCAUUUUUUACAAUUAUUGUGUAGCACAGCAGUAAUGAUACCCACAUACUUGUCUUAGGAAUGUAGCUCCUUUGAUAUGAAAAUGACUGCAUAAUCUCUGCAAUAGCCACAUCCCCUUGGCCUUAAUGUUUUUACAUGUAUUACUCUAUUACAGCUUGAUUCCCAUUAGAUACUCGAUCAACCACGCUGGUCUUUAUGGUGCUAAUGCUUUCCUUUCCACAAAAUUAUGCCCAAAGUGGAUCACAACAUAACAAAUGAAGAAUAAAUAGCAGAAUAAUAAAAAAGAUACUAAAAAUUAUUAGGUAUAAUCAUUUUAUUAAUAAAUUCAAAAAAACCAAUACAUUUAAGACUGUAUAAAGCAAUCAAAAAUAAGCUAAUUAAUUUUAAUAAAGAAUAAUUCCAACACAAAACUAGAACAUUAGCACACACAACAUUGCCAUGUUUGGACUUGUAUCCAAUAGUUUGGAUAAGAGACCCGGCCUUCCAACAUCCAGGGACCCCACCCCAUCUGUAACCAACUGUAGUUCAGACAUUCACACCAUGCCUUUCACCCAGAUGGGCCUUGUAGCGUCCAUUAUUGUAAGCUCUCACCCCACACAAUGGGCAGUUUCCUUCCCUUCCACACUCUCCCACCAAGCAACAUAGCAUGAUACAGGCUGGGACCAUAAACAAGAUCCAAAAUUGUAGCAUCCUUGUGGAGACCCCUGAAGGGUAUGCCCUCAAAGGGAAAAUGUGCCCUUUAGUGUUUCCCCUUCAGCAUGCUGGUGCAGUUUGCCUUUUGAAGUCGUUUCAUUUCAGGAAUGAUCUCCCACCACGCCAAACAUCACCUCUGUUGUCCAGCUGGGGCUCAUUAUAAACAGCCUCACAUUCAUUUCAAGAACGUCAUUUUUCUAUUUACUUUUGUUGGUCCCACCUCCUCCUCUGCUUCAUACAUAGGGGCUGUUCUUUGGUGCUGCAGAAAUUACUUUGACCUGCAAUAAGCCUGUUAAAACAAAGUCCUCGAAAUGUGCCUUGCUAUUCUCACUCUCAGAAUCAUAGAAUCUUAGAGCUGGAAGGGGCCUAUAAGGCCAUUGAGCCCAACCCCCUGCUCAAUGCAGGAAUCCAGCUUAAAGCAUCCCCAGCAGAUGGUUGUCCAGCUGCCUCUUGAAGGCGUCCAGUGUUGAAGAGUCCAGCACCUCCCUAGGUAAUUGGUUCCAUUAUCAUACUGCUCUAACAGUUGGGAAGUUUGUCCUGAUGUUCAGCUGAAAUCUGGCUUCCUGCAAAUUAAGCCCAUUAUUCCGUGUCCUGCACUCUGGGACGAUUGAGAAGAGAUCCCGGCCCUCCUCUGUGUGACAACCUUUCAUGUACUUGAAGAGUGCUAUCAUAUCUCCCCUCAGUCUUCUCAAGGCUAAACAUGCCCAGUUCUUUCAGUCUCUCCUCAUAGGGCUUUGUUUCCAGUCCCCUGAUCAUCUUUGUUGCCCUUCUCUGAACCUGUUCCUUCUUGAAGUGCAGAGACCAGAACUGGAUGCAGUAUUCAAGAUUGCAUCCAUGCCAGAAUAGUUCAGUUCCUCACCUGCCCGCGUGGUAUGAUUUGUUGAUUGGAUAUGUUUGAAUUCUGAUUCAAAAUAUGUUAUAGUUAUAGUUUUAGGGAGGAUGUUCCAUUUGGCCGGUGAUUGAUGGGCCCUUAAUCCAUGAACAAGUUUCCUGAUUGGUUAAUUGGAUCUGGCCUGUUGCUGGGGAGUCUGCCCUAAGUAUGGGGCUCAAACCUUAGCUUUCGUUCCUCUCCUGGGUCGCAUCAUGCCUACUUGAUGUUGCCUGCUGAGGUUCCAUUUUGCAUCAGCUAUCCUGACUGUUCCUCUCUCUGAGGAGAGGGGAGCUGUGCAACUGUCUACCAGUGUGUAAGUAUAGGCUAGGCUAGACAGCUUUCUUGUUUUUCUGUUGUGACUGAACUCAUACAAUCAUAGAAUAGUAGAGUUGGAAGGGGCCUAUAAGGCCAUCAAGUCCAACCCCCUGCUCAAUGCAGGAAUCCAAAUCAAAGCAUUCCCGACAGAUGGCUGUCCAGCUGCCUCUUGAAUGCCUCCAGUGCUGAAGAGCCCACUACCUCUCUAGGUCAUUGGUUCCAUUGUCGUAUGGCUCUAACAGGAAGUUUUUCCUGAUGUCCAGUCAAAAUCUGCCUUCCUGCAACUUGAGCCUAUUAUUUUGUAUCCUGCACUCUGGAAAGAUUGAGAAGAGAUCCUGGCCCUCCUCUGUGUGGCAGCCUUUCGUGUACUUGAAGAGUGCUAUGAUAUCUCCCCUCAGUCUUCUCUUCUCCAGGCUAAACAUGCCCAGUUCUUUCAGUCUCUCCUCAAAGGGCUUUGUUUCCAGUCCCCUGAUCAUCCCCAUUGCCCUCCUCUGAACUUGUUCCAGUUUGUCUGCAUCCUUUUUGAAGUGCAGUGCCCAGUACCAAAUAGAGGGGAAUUAAUACUUCACAUGAUUUGGAAACUAUACUACUGUUUGAUUUUAUUAUAUCCUUCAAGUCGAUUAUGACUUAUGGCGACCCUAUGAAUCUUUUUUUGGAUAUAUUCAUCGGGUUUUCACGGUAAGAGGUAUUCAGAGGUGGUUUACCAUUGCCUUCCUCUAAGCCUAUGGCACCCGGUAUUCCCAGGUGGUCUCCCCACCAACUACUAACCAGGCCUGACCCUGCUUAGCUUCCGAGAUCAGGUGAGAUUGAACGUGUUCAGGGAAUGCAGCCUAAUAUAGGAUUUGCCUUUUUUGCAGCCACAUCUCACUGUUGGCUCAUAGUCAAUUUCUGAUCAGCAACAAUCCCAAGAUCCUUCUCACAUGUGGUAUUGCUGAGCCAAGUAUCCCCCAUCUUACAAAGGGCUUCAGUUUCUUUGCCAUCUUUCAAAUACCCCCUCCCAAUCUGUUAGACAAGUAAGAGCCACUUGCUCUACAUUUGUAUUUCUGAUGUGCAAUGAGGAGCCUCAUCACUGCUUCACCUGCUUUGAAUCACUUUCCUCUGAAACACUUUGGAGCUCAGCAACUGAGUUCCUUUUAAAAGGUGGUAUAACACAUAUUUAUCUCAGAUGAGAAUGACUAGAUGGGCUUUGCUAAAAAUAAAAUAAUGUUUAAAAUGACUUGGGGGUGGUUUAGAAGAUGCUGUAAGGCCUCAAGGUUAGGAUGUUAUUUCUUUUGUGUAGCUCAACAUGUUUUAGUUAUGCUAACACUGAUCCAGGGCUAAAAGCCACAAGUUCAACAACCAAUUCUCAAUAAUGUGUGCAUAUGGGGAAGCAUUGUUUGUGAAUCAGUAGCAAUUAUCCUUUAGAAAACAAAAAAACCUAAGGCAGAUGAUCAUUCUAGUUAUGGAAGGGCAUGCUCCACGUUGCAAAGAACAAUACUGUCAAGAAUAGCUAAAGUUGAUCUACGGGUGACCAAAGGAAAAUGGUUCAACCAGAAAGAAUUAUGGGGGAUAUUUUGCAUAGGUUCCUGGAAUGCUCUGUGCUGAGAAAAAUUAGGGUGUCUUAUACCAGUCAGCUGUUAUUCUAAAGGGAGGCAGCUGAACCUUAUCCAUCUGCCUGGUACCAAGGUCAGGAGGCCUGAGUUGUCAUAAAUUAGUAGUCCUGCCCUUGCUAUGAACUUAUUCCGCCAUCAAGAGGUGUCAGGAUUGGCUAAUUGGCCCUCUUGCUGUUGGCAGGCAGAACCCCAUAAAAAGAAAGGUUCAGUUAGCUGUUCCUGUCCUUUUCCAUCUUGAUUCACCUAUGGGAUGUUUUCUGGUAUACAGAACCAAAAGAUACCAGGUUCUUAUACUUUCUAAAGUGAGUAUUAGCUUAGGUUAGUAAGUUUUCUUAUGUUUUGUCUAUGUGAACCUCUCACUGUGUUUUAUAAGUGUUGACUCUGCCUAGCCCUGAUAAGGGUGUUUGGGCUUAAAAGGAUUUGUAUGCUGCUCUUUUUAU